GCAAUGUAAAGAUAUCUAUUUCCGUGUGCUUUAUCGAAAAAUCUAUUUCCGUCUGUAGCAUUACAUAUUCCAUUUGAAGCUUGAAAUUGACUCCAUGUUCCAGAUUAUUUUCCCUUUUUGUGGGAGUAGAAUAUCCAGGUAAAGAAUGCUUCAGUCCAAUGCAAGACAAAACAAAUAUCACUAGAGUUGGACAUAAUGCUUACCAGAACUCAAAUCAUUAACGACAUUGUAUGAGAGGCAGUCUUAGGCUUCUUCCGGAAGUGACAGACAACCAAACUUUCCCUUUCCCAAGACAUACAUACAGCCUUCUCUUUCUCUUUCUCUUUCUCUUUCUCUUUCUCUUUCUCUUUUUCUUCCUCCCUUCACAAUCACAAGUCACUUAUCUUCUUUUCUGUAGACAACCAAGGAACUCAAUGUAAAGUAAAUCAGAGCAUAAAGAAAACCAAGGAACAAAGUUAUCCCUUUUUACAGAUUGGCAUGACUCCAUAAAUUAUGUAGGAAGACAUUCCUUACUUCAUAUCGUAACAAAUCUUUAUGCUUUAGCAAUGCACCACGCUAAUUAUUCCAUCGCAUUCCAUGCCAGGAAGCCUCCCUGCUAUACUCAGAUUCAUUCUCUAAUAGCCAAGCAACCAAAAAUGCCCAGCAACACUAUAUCACACCUCAUUCCUCCAUGCCUUCACAUCUUUCUGCAUUCAAACCCCCAACACCAUGAACUCUGCCCUCAAGCUCGUCUCUUUCCACUAUCAUCCCUCUUUCAACCUAAAACAACGCCCACUGUCCCAACGCCAGCAGAUAAGCGCCGAGUGGGGGAAGAGGCAACAAUAUUCGCCAAAGCCCAUACGAGCGAUACCAGUGCCAAAUGCAACGGGGGGACUCAACAAUGCUGACCGCGGAGGUAAUACCUUACCAUCUUCACCCAUGACAAAUGUGAUUCAGGAGUUCUACUCUUCCCUCAAUGACAAGGACAUCGCGCGGCUCACGCAGCUGAUUCACCCUGAUUGCACCAUGAAGCACACUUCAUAUUAUAAACCACUGGACAUCAAGAAUACAAUUACCUACUUCGCAAGGCUUAUGGAAGCUAUGAGAAAGAAUGUCAAAUUUGCCAUUGAUGAGGUCUGUCACGGAGUAGAACCCACUGUUGCUGCAGCAAUGUGGCACCUUGAGUGGAACGGUAAGAUCAUACCAUUUACCAAAGGCUGCAGUUUCUACACGUGUUCAGCAAAAGGAGAAGCGCUUCUUAUUAGGAAAGUCCACAUCUUCAACGAGUCACCUGUGAAACCAGUAAAUCUGGCAUUGGACAUACUUCUAUUUGUUACCUUUUUGUUCGACCUACUUCCAAAACAAGCUGAAGAUUUUCUACAGAAUCCAGAAGCACUAGUCCAGUCCUUUGUGAAGUUUUACAAAUUCCUCCUGGAGCCUGUUAUCGUGUAUCUUGUUGCAUAUUCUAUCCGCUUCUGGUCAUUUGUUGUGAAGCUCUACAAAUUAUACGUGGAGCCUAUUAUCGUGCAUCUUCUAGCAUAUAAUUUCCGCUUCUGGUCAUUUGUCGCACGAAGAUUGGAUAUGGUGCUCGACGUGUUGUAUAACAUAUUCAAGCAGUUCAUGUAAGGAAAAACUAAUAUCCCAGAAAAUUCUACAAUCAGAAGAAUAGUGAUUCUCACAGAUAUAUACACCGUGUGGAUGCAAUCAAUUACCGACAAUAUCAUGAGUGAAGGAUCCGAGAAGGGCUUCGGCAAAUGUCGAUGGAUCAGAAUCUUCCACGCGAUGUUUAUUUGUUUCCCGAGGCUUAUCCUAUCCUUGCCCCUGUGAAGCAGAAAUGGACAUCAUUUCACCCUUAUAAGAAAACUGCUGUUAGUGCACGGACGUAUAUAUAUAUAUAUAUAUAUAUAUAUAUAUAUAUAUAACCACAGGAUAGAUAUUGCUGUAACAAGUACUCGGAAAUUCUGCCUAUGUAUUCUUCUGAAAAAGCUGCUGUGUCAUUCUACAA